CCCCGCCUGUGUUCCAGGCCUUCCAACUAUUUAACCGUGACAGAACGAAUCAAAGCGAGGAACACCUUGUCCCUGUGUCCCCGCCCACUCCUACUUAACGGAAUUGAGUUCCUCCUGGCUCACAGCACCACCCCCCUAAAGCACACACACCCCCAGGCCCAUCAAUUUUUCCGUUUGUGCAGCAGGGCAAAGCUGAGAACUGCGCCAUCCCAGAGUGCCCCGGGCCGGGGAAUGAGUAAAGCCGGGGCCUAUCGGUGGCCUGAGGUCCUCACCCCAGCAAGGGCCUCGACCUUGGCAGGCCCUCCCGUGCCUAGGACCGAGGGGAGCCCGGCAGAAGAAGGAGGCUGCUGCCCUCCACCCCGGGCAGAAGAGGCCCGCAGCCACCAAGGGAGGAUUGGGAUUUUUAUCAGUGACAAUGCCAGGGAAGAGGCCUCUAAGUGUGACCAGCAUUAGGCGUGCAAAAAGAGAGCGCAAAGCAAUCACUUUAGACGUGAAGCUGGAAGUGCUGAGGAGGUUUGAAGAGGGCGAAAAGCUCAGCCAAAUCGCGAAAGCCUUAGGGCUGGCCAUCUCCACCGUGGCCACGAUCCGAGACAACAAGGAGAAAAUAAAGGCGAGCUCGGAAGCGGCUUCGCCUCUAAGGGUCACUCAGCUGACCAGGCACCGAAGCGUGGUGAUGGAGAACAUGGAGCGGCUGUUGAGCUUGUGGAUCGAAGACCAGAGCCGGCGCAACGAGCCCAUGAGCACGAUGAUCAUCCAGGAGAAGGCCAAGAGUCUGUUCGACGCCUUGCAGCGAGACCAGGGCGAGAGCUCGCAGGUGGAAACGUUUAGUGCCAGUCGGGGGUGGUUUGUGAGGUUUAAAGAAAGGCACGCCUUGCCCAGCUUCAAGGUGAGUAACGAGGCUGCCAGGCCGAGCCCGAGCCCCAGCGCAGCUGGUGAGCUUAAGUAUUCCGAAGUGCUGAAAAGCAUCAUCCAGAAGGGCGGGUAUACCCCUCACCACGUUUUUAACAUUGGAGAGACAGGACUUUACUGGAAGCGAAUGCCUGAAAAGACGUUUAUUUCUAUGGAAGAGAAGGCUGCCCCGGGGUUUAGAUCAGCCAAAGAUCGCCUCAUGCUUCUUCUAGGGGGCAAUGCCGCCGGUGACUUUAAGCUGAAGCCUUUACUGGUGUAUCAUUCCGAAAAUCCCAAGGCUAUGAAGGGCUACUCUAAGCCAAAUUUACCUGUGAUUUGGCGCUCCAACAAAAAGGCCUGGGUAACAAGGAGCAUCUUUCACGAAUGGUUUACGUACUUUUUUUGCCCUGCUGUUGAAAAGUACUGUGCCCAAAAUAAUCUUGCCAACAAAGCAUUACUCAUCCUAGAAAAUGCCCCGUGUCACCCUGUAAAUUUAAGUGAUCUCUCUGAUAAUGUAAGAGUGGAAUACCUCAUUGAAAACAAAGCUGACCCCAUCCAACCCAUGGGUCAAGGUGUAAUAUCCACCUUCAAGGCUCAUUAUUUGAGGAAGACUUUUCAACAUCUCAUAGGAGGAGCCGAUGGAGAGGAUAAGGGUACAGUUAGGGAAUUUUGGAGAAACUACAACAUCAUGAAUGCUGUGGAUAACAUUGCUGAAGCCUGGGAUGAACUGGAGCCAUCCCUGAUGAAUAGUGUGUGGAAGAAGAUAUGGCCUGAGUGUGUGCAUGCUCGUGAUGAUUCUCAAAUAGAAACUGUUACACAGAUUCAGCAAGACGUUGUGGCCCUUGCAAAUGACAUAGGCUUUGGAGAACUUGUAGAGGCAGAUGUAGGCCAGUUGCUACAGUCUCAUGAUGAAGACUUGUCCAAUGAGGAACUUAGGCAAUUGGAACAAGAGCGAGCUGCAGAAGAAAAGGAAGAGAAUGAAGAUACUCCACCCAUCCUCCGACAGCUAACCACAAAAGAAUUGUCUGAAGCCUUUUUCCAUUUCGAGGCAGGCAUGCAAAUCCUUGCAAAUAAUGAUCCCAAUAGUGAAAGAAAAUUUAAAGUUUCAAGAGGAGUCAAUGACACAAUAAGCUGUUAUAGAGAAUUGUACAAUGAGAAAAAACGGCGUUCAAAGCAACUGUCUUAGAAUGCUUUUUAGGGGCAGAAAUUUUCUUAGUAAAGUGAUCAAAGAAAAUGAAAUAGCAACAGGAGAGAUUUUCAUGAUAUAGAAAAGGCUCAUAAUGUCUUCCUGUCUCCUUCCCUUGACUUGAUGUCUUAUUUUGCAGGGCAAGCCAGAGUUUGUUAUUUUUAG